GGCGCUUGAAUUUUCUUAGAACAUAAAUACCAACAUUGGUUGAGGGAAGCUUAUUUUUUUUCUCCGAGGAAAAUACAUUUAUUCAAUGCAUGUUUAGCUAUAAUCAAAAACAUAAAAUGGAAUUCCUAUUGAUUUCUAUACCGCUGAUUUUACUAUGGUGGCAAAGUUGCAACGCAUUUCCAGCCAGAUCUUUUUAUGCAAACCAAUCCACUUUGGAACUAGUUCACUUGCUGUUCAGGCAUGGGGAUAGAACCCCAGAAACCAACAAUUUGGACCCCAACAAUCCAUAUUACGCUGAAAACAAUUAUUACCCUUAUGGAUACGGUCAGUUAACUAAUGUAGGCAAAGUCCGUGUGUACGAGUUGGGUAAAAACCUCCGAAAAAGAUACAACAAUUUCUUAGGCAAAGCUUGGAAUAUGAGCUCAUUGGAUAUAUUGACCACAGACUAUAAUAGAACAAAAAUGUCUGUGGAACUUAUGUUAGCAGGCCUAUGGCCACCAACUUGUUCAAGUAUUUGGAACCCAGUUUUACUUUGGCAGCCAAUACCAUACAAUUACGAAAAAAGAGCAAACGAUAAGGAACUUUCUCCGUUUCUUGGUUGUACCACCCUUGAUGCGCUUGUAAAUGAAGUUAUGAAUAAUUCUAGUGAUUACAUCAAUGCAAGAUACGGUGAAGUUUUUAGAAUUUUAGAAAAUGGCACCGGACUACAAAACAUCACCUAUUUGAAGGCGUUCUUUUUGUAUUUUGGAUUCACUAUACAAGAAAAUUUGAAUAUUCCUUUAGAUUAUUGGGUUUAUACUGUAUAUCCGGAACCGUUGCGCUCUUUGGCCAUUGAAUAUUAUUAUGUCGAAACUAAUAAUACAAAAUUAAGGACAAUUAUGUCGGGUUAUCUUCUCAAAAAAAUCAUUACGGACACUCAAAACAAAAUCAACGGUUUCAGUCCUCAAGGGAGAAAAAUGCACAUUUAUUCUGGACAUGAGACAAAUAUAGCUGCCUUGUUACUUUCUUUGGAUAUGUUGAAAGUUGUAGAAUUGCCUCCUUAUGCUUCAUAUUUAGCUGUGGAAAUUCAUAGAAUUGAUGAGAUUUAUGGAGUUAAAAUUUUUUAUCAAGAUUACUCAAGUGAAGACCCACGGGGACCACUGAAACUACCUGAAUGUGAGGAGUUUUGUCCAUUUGAACGAUUCGUGUCUUUGGUUGAAGGGAUUUUGCCCAAAUCUGAUGAAGAGUGUUAUGGUAGCUCAACAAAAUGAGUGUGAAAUAAAGAAUCGCUGUAUUAUUUUUAAUAAAGAUCGUCUUUUUUUCGACGAUUUCGGAAU